AUGUCACGAGCCAUACCGCCUUUUAGAUGCAAUGAGAUUGACAAAAACAAGUUGCAUAAAGCAUGGCAGGUUUGGAAACGGUCUUUGGAGUAUUAUUUUGAAGCAGAGGACAUCACCGACCAAAAACGGAAGCGCGCUAAGCUUCUGCAUCUCGGGGGGCCCCAACUACAGGCGUUGUUCCAGUCUCUUCCAAAUAGCGAACGAUUUGCUCUAGUAUCUCUAGAGAAGGCAUAUUACGACGUGGCUAUUCAAGCAUUUGACGAUUUUUUUCAACCGGGGCGGCAGGAUGUUUUGGAGCGGCAUAACUUACGGCGGAUGAAACAAAACGAAGAUGAGAGGUUUGCCGAGUUCGUCAUCAGGAUCAGGCAGCAGAUUGCGGAGUGUGGUGUUGAUAAGUACGAACCAGCGGUUAGCAAGAUACUGACGGAUAUCAUGCUAACGGAUACCAUAGUAGAAGGAUGUGCAUCGGCGGAGUUGCGAAAGCAGAUCUUGCAGAAGGAUCGCUCGGUGGAAGAAAUCGAAGAAAUUGGGAAAUCGCUAGAAGGAGUUCAGAAGCAGUUGAAGGAUUUCGGGUCGCUUCGGGAAGAAGGAAAGCAACACGAUCGCGUAUAUGGCAUCCAGUCUAAGCCUCGAUACCAUCCCGGGAGAGCAAGAGCGACAGGAAGCGUCCAGCCAAACUCCAAAAAGCCGGAAAUGAAAUGUUUCAAAUGCGGACUUUUUGGCCAUAUCUCGACUGAUACACGAUGCCCGGCCAGAGGAAAAUCGUGCAACCGAUGCAAGAGAACUGGGCAUUUCGAAGCUCGAUGCCGUAUACAAGCCCGGUCUGCCUUUCCCUGGAAAGAAGAGUCGACGGAAGCUAAACGGAUUCGGGUAGUUGAACGAGCAACGGCACAAGACCAGGUGCGCGAAUCCAACGCGAUUGAGGCUAGUGAACCUCCAGCGAGUACUCCACAGAAAACAUAUUAUGCUUUCUAUGCAGGAAACGAUUCGAACAUGGUGACCUGCGUGAUUGGGGGAGUUUCACAACCGAUGUUGGUGGACUCGGGUGCCGAGGCAAAUUUGAUUACCGAUGUGGCAUGGGAGGCACUCAAAUCAGCCGGAAUCGAAGUUUUGAACUGUGAAAAAGGAAGCGACCGCGUGUUGAGAAGCUAUGCGAACAACAUUCCAUUGACUGUGCUGGGUACGUUUAAAGCUGUCGUGACCGUUGGAGUGAAGUCUGUGCAAGCCGAGUUUUUCGUGAUCAAAGGGGGCCAGCGAUCGCUUUUGGGAGAUGUGACAUCCAAGAUGUUGGGAAUAUUGAAAGUGGGUCUGGAGGUAGAUCAAGUAUCAGAGUCCUUGAAACCGCUUUCUAAGAUCUCUGAUGUAUCGGUGCACAUUCAUCUGGACCCAACAGUAAAACCCAUUUUUCAACCAAUGCGACGAGUUCCCGUAGCUCUGGAGGAAGCGGUCAACAGUAAGUUGAAGGAACUAAUGGCAAGGGAUAUCAUAGAGGAAAAGAAGGGCCCGGUAACUUGGGUAUCGCCUUUGGUGGUGGUCGGAAAGGCAAACGGAGAACCUCGGAUCUGCCUCGACCUGAGGAGGGUUAAUGAAGCUGUGUUAAGAGAAAGACACCCGAUGCCGGUAAUCGAUGACUUUUUGGCCAGAAUCGGACCAAAUAUGGUCCGCAGUAAGCUAGAUGUCAAAGACUCCUUCUUGCAACUUGAGCUGGAUGAAGAGUCAAGAGACGCGAUGGUGUUCCUCACAGCACGAGGACUAUACCGAUUCAAACGUAUGCCAUUUGGGUUGGUAUCGGCGCCAGAAGUUUUUCAGAAAACAAUGGACACGAUACUAGCAGGAUGCGAGGGUACAUGGUGGUACAUCGACGAUGUGUACAUCGAAGGAAAGGACAAACAAGAACAUGAUGAACGAGUGGCCAAGGUCCUAGCACGGCUGAAAGCGUGGAAUGUACAGCUGAACUGGGAGAAAUGUAUAUUCGGGGUAAAGGAACUUGAGUUCCUUGGUCAUAAGAUAACCAGCUCAGGAAUAGUACCAUCGGAUGCUAAGGUUGAAGGCCUGGUCGCUUUCCGGAGACCCGAGAACCCCAAUGAGGUUCGCAGCUUUCUGGGAUUAGCAAAUUAUUUGAAUCGUUUUAUACCAAACUUAGCGACAAUAGAUGCACCGUUACGAGCAUUGACUAGGAAAGGAAUCCCAUUCAGUUGGCAACCGGAACACGAGAAAGCGUUUCACCAAAUCAAAACUGUACUUUCCGGCUCAUCUACUCUAGGAUUCUACCAAAAGAACGACAGAACUCUCGUUAUGGCUGAUGCAAGCCCGAUCGGACUUGGUGGCUUGCUCAUUCAAGUUGAUCAACAAGGUCGACACCGGAUUAUCAGCUAUGCUUCGAAAUCUUUAACGGAUACGGAGAAACGAUACUGUCACACCGAGAAGGAGGCGCUUGCAAUAGUGUGGUGUGUCGAAAAGUUUUACAUCUAUUUGUACGGGAUGGAAUUCGAGAUUUUGACUGACUGUAAGGCGUUGAUCUACCUGUUCACGCCACGCUCACGUCCGUGUGCCCGCAUUGAGAGAUGGGUUCUCCGCCUCCAAGGAUUUGAUUAUUCAGUAACCCAUAUACCUGGAGAGCAAAAUCAGGCAGAUGUGUUAUCUAGAUUGACGACACUAAGGCCGGUACCAUUCGAUCAACGGGAGGAAAUAAUGAUCAGAGAGAUAACAGACUUUGCCGCAAAUGCUGUUGCAGUUUCUUGGGAUGAGCUGGUUACUGCUACGAAGUCGGAUACAGAACUACAGAUGGUGUUGGAGUAUAUUGACCAAGAUAAACGCGACGAUCUUCCUACGGAGUUCCGGAUCUUCGCUAAUGAGUUGUGUAGAGUGGAGGAUAUUCUGCUGCGCGGUAACCGUAUAGUGAUCCCUAAUACGUUGCGACUCCGGGUUCUUCAAAUCGCACACGAAGGUCACUUGGGGAGUUCGAUGAUGAAAUCAACACUGCGAUUAUCGGUAUGGUGGCCCAAGUUGGACAAAGAGGUAGAAACGUUUGUGAAAAACUGUCGUGGCUGUAUACUGGUAUCUGCACCGGAUGCACCAGAGCCUAUGGCAAGAAAACAAUUGCCUGAUGGACCAUGGCAAGAAAUUGCUGUCGACUUUCUAGGACCUCUACCGGAAGGUCAAUGGCUUUUCGUGGUAGUGGAUUACUACAGCCGUUUUGUGGAAAUUGUUGAAAUGAGGACCAUUACUGCUGCCGACACAAUACGUGAACUAUCAACAAUGUUUGGUCGAUUUGGUGUCCCGACCACGAUGCGAGCUGAUAAUGGACCGCAAUUGAGUGGAGAUUGCAGAGAGCUCAAACGGUUCUGCGAAGAGUUCAAUAUCAACUUGGUUAAUACGAUCCCUUACUGGCCCCAAGCAAACGGUGAGGUAGAACGUCAGAACAGGAGUAUCUUGAAACGAUUGCGGAUCGCACAGGAAUUGGGCAAAGAUUGGCGUUUGGAACUAAGGAAAUACUUACUGGCAUACCAUUCAACAACUCACCCUACAACUGGGAAAUCACCUUCUGAGCUGUUGUUCGGCCGCAGGAUAAGGAACAAGCUACCAUCAAUUCCGGAAUAUAAGGAGGAUGGAGAGGUGCGAGAUCGGGACAAAAUUGUUAAGGAAAAAGGGAAGGAAUAUGCAGACAAUAAGCGGAAGGCUCGAUGUUGUUAG